CAACAACUUUUAUUAUACGAAAGAUCCAAAUAAGGCACAGAAAAGGUGUACGACUUGCCAAAUGAAGUUUUAUCAUGCCCGUUAUUUUAUCUUUUCCAAAGCACGACAAAGUUUUAUUGCUACUCUUUCUUUCUAAUUUGGCAUAACUUUAACAGCCAAAAGUUAUGUUGACAACGUCAACAGUUUUCGCACCCGUCGACAUGCAGGUAAGAGCGCUCCGUUUUCAAGGACCCUUUGUAGUGAUCCAACCUAACAAAUAGGCAACCUGUAUUAGAAAGCAAUGGAUUCAUUGCCGCGGUAUUCAGUGUCAGCGCUAGCAAGUGCUAUCAAAUAUACCAAUUGUAAGAAACAUUUUCAUCAACUUGCUAGUGGAAAACAACAACAUUUUAACGACACCAACGGUGGGAUGAGUUCAUCGAAAAAGGCGGACGAAUCGAUCAAAUAUGCGCAUUGCGAUCGUGGCAUGGCAUUCGAGGAACGCCUUUUCCAAAGACAUCGCGCUGUCAUGGUCGACCACACCAAUACCCCCAAGGAAGACAUAAAAAAGGUUUUUGCAGAAGCUCAAGCCGGUACUUAUUUAUACCAGCUCAAAUGCAGCUUACCAGAAUCCUUCUAUGCGGAUAUCAUUCAUAACACCACCGCUUACCGCAUGAAUAACUUUAUACCCGACUUCUUGUACAUUUAUGAAGAUCCUGCCAGUAAAAUAAAAAAGAUCCGUAUUAUUGAUGCCAAGUCAUCAAAGGAGUUAUCCAAGACCCAUCAAUUUCAAGUUACUUCCUAUGCUUUUUUCCUGUCCUAUUUGAUAAAAGACAUCCGCCAUGUGGAGAUCGAUGAGAUAGGAGGUGUUUGGUUACCGUCCAACAUGGACGAGCCAGUGACGUUUCGGAUUGAUUUCGUCUUACACAAGAUUCGAUAUGUCUACCUUGACGUGCUUGUGAAGGUAUCCACGACACAUUCGCAAGAGGAGCAAGAAGCAGAAGCAGAUUGGACUAAGCUAUCUAGAAAGGGCCGCGACAUUCAAUGCCCACAAUGUAAAGAGGAUGCUUCAAACACACUCAAAACCCUGGCCCUUCUGGAUAAAGACCCAACCUAUCCAUUGUCAAUGAAUACGAAGGACGAAAAGUUAGACAUGGAUAAGCUGGCUGAAAUUUUGCAGAAUUUGGGCAUUACUAACGGACAACAAGAAAACGUAGUCCAUUGGGCCGAAUACUAUAAUGACUGCAUUGAGACGUACCGACGAAAGCAACCUAAAUUUAUGGGAUAUGCUACCGUAUUGACAGCAAAAGACGUCGAUCAUGACAUCUAUAUAUACUUGCAAAUAGAUCCCUUUUUACAGAAACCGUUUCUUUAUGGUAUUCAAGUGGUAGAUACGAGAAACCCAGACAACGAGGUUUUCGAAGCGUUUUACUCUAUAGAUUAUGAAAAGUAUGCCAGCAAAGAAGGAGACACAGAAGAGCGCAAAAAGGCCUAUAGCGAUUUUGUCGACAACUUUAUCCAAGAUUUAACAGAAACGCUCUAUCAAAUGGACCAGCUUCAAUCGCGCUGUUUGUUUUACGUGUAUAACUCACAGGAAAAAAAGGCCAUCCAACAACUUCUGUACGAAAUUGUUCGAUCGGAUGGGGAUGAACUGGUGACAGUCAAUGCGGAACGUAGAAAUGAAAUCAUCACGGAUGCCAUGCGCUGUUUGGUUGUUUUGUUCCAAGAUACGCAGUUACUUGGAUUACCAGGCAUUGUUCAUUUUCCUGAUAUGCAGGAUGUUUGCAAUACAUCCUCUGUGGGUCGAUCUGUGAGCAUUCAACAGCUACUCGAACAAAAUGUCGUGCUGGGUGUUGCGAGAUAUCAACACUAUAAGCUGUCAGACGUUGUCGAAUGGAUGACAGACACCGUAAAACUCGAUACCGAAGUGGAACGAGCAGGCCUUGAUUUGAAUCACGUUUACUCGUUCUGGAAAGGGGACAAAGAGGGCGUGUCGCUGUCCAACCACAAUGCCAAUUUGACAUCUUGCACUACAGAAACUUUGAUUCUGCAUCGUUUCAUAUGGCUACAAGCCAUCCUGUCAACAUAUCGAACAUUGACGCAACAGUACAGCGCAGAAACAGGGAUGGAGCUUUUCCCGUUGGUUUGUAAGCCGUUCCAAUGGCCCUCUGUGCAGAAUUUCAAUCAUCUCUUGUUUGCCAAAUUGAUGUUCUUCAAACAAAUGGAAUGUAUUAAGGCCUGUGAUGAAGUUCGUAUGGAUCGCAUCAAAGACUUGUCACAUUGGGAAAGACAACGACAGCAGCCGCUAUUGGAUGCUCUUGCUGAAGAAGGGCAUCGUUCGGGCGGGUUGGUUUUGGAAUUGGUAAGGAUGGAGCAGUUGAACCAAUACGACCAUCGGCUGACAUUUUCAGUCAGCCCAUUUUUGAAUGGUCCUGAAGUUCAGCAUAAAUUGGAUCGAUUAACUAUGGAUAACUUUCGACAAUAUAUUUUGGUGCCUGACACGCGAGAAGGCAUUUUGGAGACAAUUCAGUUCUCGGAUUUGAUGUAUAUGAACCUUGGAAAGUUUAAAAAAAUUGGUAUUCGCUGUGUGGAUGUAGAGGAAAUUCACCAUAAUGAACUUGUCUUGUGUGGAUAUCGAAUUAGUACUCGUAUAAGAAGAUGGCGAUUGUAUAGACGAUUUACGAACUUUACGACUAUUUUGACCAUUAAUGCUUUAAAAAAUUUGGAUCAAGAUCCGAGAAACAACGAUAUUAUUUCCUUAAUAGAGAACCCUAAUGAAUGGGCAAACAAAAAUGUGACAGACGAUAUCCAUUUCAACAGCAAUGACACAGCUAUCCAAAUGAGGGAAGCGUUUUCCAUGUCGCCUUCACAGAAAACUAUAUCGGCCAACCUAUCUAAGAAAAGACUGCAGAUUAUUUGGGGACCACCGGGGUCUGGAAAGACUGAAUUCUUGGCACUUUUUAUCAAUUGGUACAUCAAGUGCUGGAAGAAUCAAGUGGGUAAUACAGACAAGAAUUUAACGAUCGGCGUCACUGCUUUUACACGCAAUGCUAUUAUCAAUCUUUUGAAGCGCAUAGAAAAAGUUCAACAUCACCAUGGUUUUGAUGACGAGUUCUCUAUCAUGUAUGUGACGGAACCUGAAUGGGAUGACACUCAAUUCGGUGAGGCUUCCAACAUCAUAGACUCGGAAUGGAACACGUCGCUCACCGUAGUGAAUCGCAUAAGAAGAAACACACCAAUCAAGAUUUUUGUUAUUGGCGCAACGGUAUGGAGUUGGAACAAAAUGAGGUGUAAAUGGAAGACAUUUGAUAAAACUGGAUGUAAAAUGAUGAUUUUGGAUGAAAGUACACAGUUACUUGUACCAGAUGCAUUGCUAGCCAUUGCCUGUCUAUCAAAACGUGGAAAACUGAUCAUAGCUGGUGAUCAUAUGCAACUAGGCCCAAUUAUCAAACAUGAUUAUUCAGAUAUAACCUUACGACUGGACGAUCCUAUGCUAUUUGGAUCUAUUCAACAAUGUUUGAUGCGAACUGAGGAUAAUCGCGCGAUUCCAAUGCGGAAAUUUUUAUUGCAGAAAGGUGCAGUGCAUGACUUUGGGCCCAACACGCUUCAGUUGAAGGAUAAUUGGCGAAUGAAUGAAGAAUUAAACGAGUUUUUUAGACAAGUUUAUGGUCCUGAAUAUACUUCCCGUUUCCCAAAAAUUAAGCUUCAUCUUGAUUUGGAAUUAUUAGAAAAAGAAGAAGAAACGGAGGAUCCUCAUCUUAUGAGUCAUGACAGCAGUAGCAACAACAUCAAAAAGAAGACAGACUUUAAAUUGAUAAAGUCGAUUCUGGACCCAUCCAAGCCGAUCUCCUUGGUAAAGAUUGUUCGUAAUAGCAGCAGCAGCAGCAGUAUGUCUGAUUUUCAUCAAGACAAAGAAGCAGUGGAGAAGGAAGCCGAAAUUGUUCAAACAUUGAUUGAAUCUUAUCUCUGUGCUCGAAUCAAAAAUGUGGAUGCUUCUCAAAUUCCAGCUAACCAUGCUAAACAGGAACCCCUAGCGAUGGUAGUGGUACCUCACCAUCAGCAAAGAGUGGCUAUCAAAAGAAGAAUACCUCAUUUCAUUCCGGUAGAUACAGUGGAGAAAAUGCAAGGGCAAGAGUGUGAUUUGGUCAUUGCCUGCUUUUCAUGUAUGAAUAAUACUGGCCGAGGCAAAAAGACGAAUGAAUUUUUACGUGAUUUCAGAAGAUGGAAUGUAGCUUUAUCACGAGCCAGAUGUAAGGUCAUUAUCUUGACAGUGGACGAAUUACUCAAUCCUCACCCUAUGGAAGGUUUAUUGGACUCGUUUACACAUACGUUGGAACCUACAGAUGGAUGGGCUUUACUGUGUCUGUUACAAGACUGGGCUCAAAGUAAAAAUUCUCUAUGGACAUGGGUGGCAUAACUUUAAAAAAGGCUAAUGAAACGCCGGGAAAUCAGUCAACAAGGUCUAGAAGCCAAUGUUGUGUGAUUUGUACUAUGAUCAUGAUUUGUUUCGAAAAUCAAUUUAUGCCCGGUUAAGAUGAAAGAUAAGAUAUUCAUGUUUAUAGAGUCAUGUCUUUUUUUGGUUUAUGUUUUUCUUUAAUGAUAUAAAAAUGAAUGAAAUGAUAAAGAAUAUAUUAUAUAAAUUUUAUAGAUGACAGAAAAUAAAGAAAUGCAGUAAUUUAAAAAAGAAAUGGGCUUUUUUUUUAUGGAUUUUGUUUUCGUGUUUUCUAGCGUUAGAUUUCAAAGAGAAAGGAAUAUCCUUUUUUUUUUUUUUUGUUUGUUUGUUUU